AUGUACACGGUCAGAACGAAGCGCCUGAGGAAGACUUCUACCUCCACCUCAAUCUGCCCCCCGAGCUCGACCUCCCCUCUGCCCGCUACCACGCAAAUCUACCACCAGCCGCCGCGCAGCUACCUCAUCCCGCGCUGGGAUCUUGGUCCUGACAGUGGCGCCUUCACGCGCAUCGAGUUUCCGCCGUUAGGGAACGGCCCUAAUACAGUCACGCAGGAGGACAUCGACACAUUUGAGACCAUCCUCGCACAAUGUACUGCCUUCCUCGAGCGAGCGCAGGCCCCGCAAGGUGAUUCGAAGGGCUCCGCCAAGGCAUACAACCCGGCAGAUUAUGCGCCCGGCGAGGGUUACGUUGGGUCAAGCAAACACGGUGAGAUCGUGCUCGUCGACGAAGAGAACGGUAGCGUGGUCGGCGAGCUGGCCGAUGGCGCCCAGAUCAUCGAAGACCCGAGGCUAAAGGCAGGAUCGAAGACAGACCCCGUGGAGAUUGUCAUCUCUCCCGAUGGCAAGAAGAUCAAGGUCCAACCUGUGUCGGAGGACUACCUCGGCAUGGCCCGCCUGCCCGCCUAUAAGAACUCCAGUCUCGUGCAGAACUCGGCCGCCGCUUCUCGACUCAUCGUCACAGGCUCAACAUACAUCAGCAAUGCCAUGAUCUCGGGUGCUGAGUCCUUCAUGAACAAGACGAGGCCGAACGAGAAACCCAUGGUCUUCAAGACGGGGACACACGAUCGCGUCCGCAAAAUUAACACCUUCACGACGAGCGUCGCAGGCAUCUCCUCGAAGACAGUCGGUUCCAUCUCAAAGCACGCGCAAAACUUCACGGCUGGCACACUGGGUAAGGGUCCGAGGUCGGUUAAGGCAGUGCUGCCUGAUGGCAGGCCGAACCCAGAUUACAAACCUGGUCUGCUCAACAAGUCCAUGAUAGCAUUCUCCACAGUUGCAGACGGCAUUGCCCACGGCGGAAAGACCCUACUGACACACAGUGGCGCCGCAGCCAGUGCAGCUAUCGGACACAAGUAUGGCGCAGAAGCCGGUGGCCUUGCAGGAGACCUAGCUGGCGGUGUCAAGAACGUGGGUCUCGUGUACAUUGAUGUCACUGGGGUCUCGCGCAGAGCUAUCAUCACGUCCGUAGCUAAGGGCAUGGUAGUUGGCAAGGUGCGAGACAAGAAGGGCGUUGAGCAAACGGUGCUCGUUGGAGGCGGCGACGGCGGUAUCAUCAACGAGGCAGACCUCGCAAAGGGCGUUGACAACACUGGCAUACCGCCUGGACAGAGUAGCGCUGGUCCUGCUUCUACUAUCGGUUACGGCAAUGCUGCACCGCCAAGCUACAAUGCUACCGGCGUAGGAGAGUCCCUUGAUGGACAGCCUGCCUACUAUCCCCGCGAGAAGCGAUGA